AUGAUCCUCCUUCGCUCGAUUUUUUCGGAUACCACACCGCAGGAACGAAUUGCCUUUGGCGACGAACCUGCUAGCGAGCAGAGCAUGACCGUCUGGGAUGUCUUGCAACGGGACGAGCGUGUCUCCAAGUUCGCCGACAUCGUGGGAAUGUUCGACGACAUCGUUCUGGGACUAUCUACGCCGCAGGCCAAGUUCACCGUCUAUGCUCCUGUGAAUGAGGCUUUCGACGACAUGUUCUUCCCCCCGGACCUACCAUGGUUCUACUGGAAGUUCCUAGCGGGCUACCACAUGGGACCGGGCAGCCUUUCAGAAGCCGAUCUGAAGUCCCAGAGCACGAUCUCGUCAUUUGUCAACGCCGACGUUUUUUUCACAUACAAACAACGAAUAAGUGUCCAGGAGCGAAGUUUGGGCAGGGUAGGAUUAAAUCACGCAGCGAUUGUCCUGCCGACGGAGCAGCGAGACCAAGCAUCAGCGACCAACGGUUUCGUACAUCACAUCGAUAGCGUCCUCGAACUACCAAAUUCAACGGCUCGGGUAAUACAGCAGUGGCCCGAACUGUCCAGAUUCAGCGAGGCCUUAUCCCGAACCGGGCUUUGGCUCCCGACCGGUGACACCAACGGCCACGUCGGCCAGACUAUUUUUGCCCCAAGUAACGAAGCGUUCAGCCGGCUCGGCGCAAAGUCAACUAGUUUUUUGUUUAGUCGCGGCGGCAUCCCGUAUCUGACGGCCUUGCUCAAAUUCCACAUCGUGCAGAACCACACCCUGUUCUCCGACGUGUACUUUCCCCACGCCGAUCAGCCGCUCGUCAACUUUGCUGCUACUGGUGCCGCGACGGGAUCUGCGGGGGGGGGGGCGGCACAGGCUCAUCUACCCACCCUCCAUCCAGGGGUCGACGUAACUACCACCCUCCGCCGUCAGCCCCACGAGAAGGUCAGCCUGUGCGCUAGGCUCGUAGGAAGUCCUAGAGGAGUGGAGACGGAGGAGAUCGCGGCCUCGGUCCCGGAUAUCGUGCUUAUGGACGGCGUGAUCCAUGUGGUCAACUCGCUGUUCCUUCCCACAGCCAUGCAGGAAGGGGACAGGGGCUGGCAUUGGCUGAAGACGCCAUGGUCGCGGGGCGUAUCUGUUGAACAACUCAUGGAAAUACUAGAUCCCUGGGUGGCUUGGUAG